GAAGUACAAAUAUAAUGUCAGGUGGCUGAAAAUUUGUCUGUCAAAAUGUCAAAAAGGCCAUCUUAUGCCCCACCUCCUACCCCAGCUCCUGCAACCCAAAUGCCCAGCACACCAGGGUUUGUGGGAUACAAUCCAUACAGCCAUCUGGCCUACAACAACUACAGGCUGGGAGGGAACCCGGGCACCAACAGCCGGGUCACGGCUUCCUCUGGUAUUACCAUUCCAAAGCCCCCCAAACCCCCAGACAAGCCCCUGAUGCCCUACAUGAGGUACAGCCGGAAGGUCUGGGACCAAGUGAAGGCGUCCAAUCCUGAUUUGAAGUUAUGGGAAAUUGGCAAGAUUAUUGGAGGAAUGUGGCGAGAUCUCACUGAUGAAGAGAAGCAAGAGUAUUUGAAUGAAUAUGAAGCUGAAAAGAUAGAGUACAAUGAGUCCAUGAAGGCCUACCAUAACUCUCCUGCGUACCUUGCCUACAUCAACGCAAAAAGUCGUGCUGAGGCAGCGUUGGAAGAAGAAAGCCGCCAAAGGCAGUCGCGCAUGGAGAAGGGCGAACCUUACAUGAGUAUACAGCCCGCGGAAGACCCAGACGAUUACGACGAUGGAUUUUCUAUGAAGCACACAGCCACAGCUCGGUUCCAAAGAAACCAUCGUCUCAUCAGUGAGAUCCUGAGUGAAAGUGUGGUGCCCGAUGUCCGCUCUGUCGUCACUACAGCCAGAAUGCAAGUUCUUAAACGCCAGGUUCAGUCUUUAAUGGUUCAUCAGCGUAAACUAGAGGCUGAGCUUCUGCAAAUUGAAGAGCGUCACCAGGAAAAGAAGAGGAAGUUUUUGGAAAGCACAGAAUCCUUUAACAACGAGCUUAAAAGGUUAUGCAGUUUGAAAGUGGAAGUGGACAUGGAAAAAAUUGCAGCUGAAAUUGCUCAAGCUGAGGAACAGGCUCGCAAGAGGCAGGAGGAAAGGGAAAAAGAAGCAGCGGAGCAAGCCGAGCGCAGUCAAAAUAACAUCGCAGCUGAGGAAGAACAGGCAGCUAACAAGAUAGAGGAGAAGAAGGAAGAGGAGAGUGCUCCAAUGGAGACAGAAGAGCCUCACCCAGAAGAGAGCACAGAAAACCAGCAGAACGGUGAAGAAGGAACAUCUACCCCAGAUGAUAAGGAGAGCGGCCAAGAAGGGGUCGAUAGUACAGCGGAGGAGGGGACCAGUGACAGCAACACUGGGUCGGAGAGCAAUAGCGCGACAGUUGAAGAGCCUCCCGCAGACCCCACCGCUGAGGAUAGCGAGAAGAAAGAAUAAAUAUUGACUUACUUCAUGUGUCUUUUUAAUGAAGUACUGUUUUGAUUUCAAAAUGUGCUCACGGCUUUUGUAUCUCCCUUGCCUCUAUCACUCGUCUCCAAAGGGUUUU